CCUCUUCCUACUUUUGCGCCAGACCGACGGUGCUGUUGCGCGUUCUGCCGCAUAUAGCUAUUCAGUGACCAGGGGUCUGGCAACGGGGGACCUAGAAGGGACAGACGCUGUGUGCGCGACGCCGAACCCCGACUUUGCGUAGAAGCCAGUCCAAGAGGACUGGGACGACAAGACCGGAGCGAUGACAGUCACCGGGCCAAUAGGUUGAUGUCGGGAGUGCUCAUGGCGAAGGACACAGAGAAGCCAGUCGAAGUGGAUCGGCGAUCCGGGCAGGACAGAAGCGAGCAGCGCAGUGCCCGAGGCAACGUGAUCGCGGUGAGCCCCGCCUUCCGUCUACAUUUCCCGAAGGCGAAGGCCGUCGGGGUUGGUAGACGUGGUGGAGGCAAGGCCGAAGCGAGCAGCUGCUUGUGUCAGAAGUCGCAUAAAGACACAGAAUACUGGCUGUGUUUGGCUUUGAAGACCCACAAGCCUGCCGAGUGCAGCUUCCAACUAGUGGAAAGUGGGCGCCUAACCGAAGCCAACAUUGACGCCGUCCAAACUCCACGGGAGGGUACCGAAGACUGACUGGCAAAGGGACAAUCCUGCCAAAAAACGG